UUAGGUUUGUUAAAGGUUAAGUUAGAUUUUUCUCUUCCUUUAACUGAAUUAGUUUUAAUUUUGAUAAUAGUAAAAAUAAUUAAUCUAAUUAGUUUACUUUGUUAACUGAUUGUUUUCUUUUGUUCUUCUGCAAACUGUUUAAUUGUUUUCUUUUUUGUUUUUCUCUUCUCUUCUGCCUUUUGCUAGAAAUUUUUUCUCUUUUUUUGUGAUUUGUCUCUUUUCCUUUUUCAUUAAGUGUUACUUUUUUUUUCCUUCUUCUUUUCUCCCUUUACCUUUGUUACUAUGGCUCAAGUGGGUCCCUUAUUGGUUACCAAGAUGAGUGGUUUUGAUGAGAAAAUUGAGCCACGUGUUGACGAGGAAAAGGGUAUCGAACAGAAUGAAUCAUCAUCAAGCCAAAAUGGAGAAAGUGAAAGGUCAGAUAGUCCGGCAUCUUCUUCAUCUGUAACACUAUCAUCGUUAUCUGCUUCAUCGAGUAACAAUAUAAACGGUGAAUUGGUAAAUGAUGAACAUGGUGAUGAUGAUGAUGAACAUCAUGGUGAAACUGUUGUUAUCGUUGAGCCUAAAGAAAAGGAAAACAACAGCAAUAAUAAUAAUAAUAUCAAAGAAAAUACUACAACUACAACUACUACUACAUCAACUAAAUGUACAGAAAAUUCUGAAUGUACUUCCGAAGUCAAAUCUGAUGUUAUCGAAGGUCCAUUUUUUGGACAAUUAAAUGGUCAUUCGGCUGAAGAACCUGUUAUUAUUUAUCAAUUUGAAUUGGCUCAAUAUUUAUGUGGUCGAUUGAUUGGUCGAAGUGGACAUUAUGUUAAUCAAAUAAAAGAAAAAUCUAAUGCCAGUGUUGUUGUUAAUCGUCAUCCACUUACUCCUCUUUAUAAAAUAUGUAGCAUAGAAGGAACUAGAUCUGAAAUUAGAAGAGCAUUGCGAUUGAUUCGCACUAGAUUUCCGAUCUAUGAAUUUCCUGAAGUUACAUUGCAACAGAUUAAUGUUAUCAGUCCAUUAUUACAAGCUUGCCAAGUCACCGUACCUCAAUCUUGUCAGCUCCAUCUUCCAGAGGGAGUCUCAUGUGAUGUGAUAUUGUCCAACGUGGUUAACGCUGGACAUAUUUUCGUUCGUCAACCAACUCAUCCAACUUAUCCAUCGUUAAGCCGGUUGGACCAAUUCAUGAAUGCCACAUACUCUGUUGAAACACCGCCAGUUCUUGCUCCUAAUCCUGGUGAUAUUUGUGCUGUUAAUAUGUGCAGUGGAUGGUACCGAGCGAUGGUAGUCAAUGUUUGGGAUGAUCAUGAGGUCGAAGUCAAGUUUGUCGAUUAUGGUGGAUAUGCUCGAGCACCGAUCUCAUCUCUAAGGCAGAUUCGUUAUGAUUUUAUGUCCCUGCCUUUCCAAGCAUCAGAAUGUUAUCUAGCUAAUGUUAAGCCGACCGAUGAAGAUCAAGGUUGGUCUAAGGAAGCUAACGUUGUUUUUCAUGAUCUCGCUCAAGGACAAAUGUUACAAGCUAAAAUUGUUGCUUAUGCUGAUGAUGGUAUACCACUAAUCCAUUUACACAAAAUUCAAGGAGCUUCGAAUAUCUUCAUUAACAAAGAACUUGUAAAUCGUGGAUUAGCACAAUGGGUCGAACACCAAAUGUGGGAAUAAUCAUAUUAUGAAGAAAACAAUCCUUAAUAAUUAACCGAAGACUGAAAUAUGAUUUAAAUGUUAAAAAAUGUCAAUCAUCAAUCAUCAACAAUUAACCGAAACUUUGAUCAUUAUUCACAUCACACCGACAUCACUACUAAAACCAAUUAAAGAGAUGAAGCAAAAUUAUAACAAUUUAAAUGAAGAAAAGCAAAUGGCAAACAUAAAAGUGGAAAAUCAACUGUUAGCAAAAAAAAACGUAAACUCAACAACGAAACACCUACAAUAUCAAGUGACGACAAUUAAUUGUUCAACUUUAAUUUAAAAGAUCUGAGCUGAAGAUGAAUCACUGAACAUCUUUACUCUUCUCCCUUGUCUGAUUUUCCUCUUAUUGUGGUGGUUAAAAACCUGAGAGGAAGAAGAAGAAAAAACUUCAUAGACUCUGAUCGUUGACAUUUUCAUCACUAACCAGGGAAAUUAAUCAUUCACCAGCAUGCGCAUCGAUUUAUAACAAUCCAAAUUGUAGUAAAAAUAUACACAUAUAAAUCAACAGAAACAUGUAUAUUUCUGCUCUAUCUCUCCUAUUAUCUCUGCCUUGGAAAUUAAUUACUAUUCAGCUCUUACCCCCAUCAUCAUGAUCAUCAACAUCAUCAACAACACCACCACCAAUAACCACAGUCUUACGAGUAUAACAAAGGAUUACGAUUGAUUAAGAAAAUUGGUCGCAAAAAAAAAUCGAAACCAUAUUAGCCUGUUGUCCGAAUUUUCCCUUAAAGUGUCUUCGAUUUGCAUUUUCCUCAUUCACUUUAAUAUGCAUACGAAUCCAUCUCAACACCAUCAAUGCAACAAAAGCUCAACCUUAAAGAAAGACUUUUGAACCAUCAAAAUUGAUCCUCUUUCCCUUAGUAAUUUUCUGAUUUCUCUUAUUUCCUCUUUGUUGCUUUUUCGCAGAAAACAGCAACACAAAUAUUAGACUUCGAUGAUUACCAGGGGAAAAACAAAAGGUUACUUUAUAUCAAUAAGCAAUCUAAUUAAUCAGCAGGCUUAAUCAUAAUUCAAUCUCUAAAUCAUAAUAUUGAUCGACUGUAAAUACUUUGAGAAAUUUUUUUUGCUUCUUUUUUUUUUGGUUCAACGACAUAACUAAACUUGAUAUGUAUUGUUAGUCCAUUUUUACUUCUCAUGAAUAAUUUUGGCUCUAACAUUAUGAUUAUGCCUUCUUUCUGACCUCCCUGGUCCCUUUUUCACAAUUAACUUUUCACCAUCUCUCCCUCUCCCACUAUUCAUUAUUUUUUCUCCUCAAUUCAUAUUAUAUUAUUUUUUUGGUCUCUAAUCUGAUCCUAAUCAUAAUUGAAACACAAAGACUAUCUAAUGUUACUCUGGUAUUAAUUAUUAUCUGUGCUAUCAUUGUAAUGGCUAUUUACCUUGUCCCUCUUUUUUUCAUGUAAUCAUCAUUUCUCUCUCUCUAUCUUUAUCUUAAUUGUAACUACAAUCAGUCAACAACUUUGAUCUACAACCAACAGCAAAGGAGUAAAAGCCAAGGAAAACAUCACAUCUAAGCAACACUCAACUCGAAUCACCAUCAAACUACAAUAAUUUAAUUUUACAAUUUGGAUGAUUGGCAGAGGGAAAAGCUAAUCAAUUAAGGGAGAUGUUUAAUUUUCUCUAAAUUGACCUAAUAGUUGUAGAUUAUAUUUUCUUCCUUUACUUUUUUCUCUCUCUCUCUCUUUUCUUGAUUUCUUUUUCUUUUUGGUUUGUAGGUCAAACUUUAUCGAAAAUCAAUCGAUUUAUGAAACAAAAAAAAUCAUUAACAAAAAAACGACUAUAAAAAUUAAUCUCUAAUUAUGUGCCGAUUAUAUAUUGUCAGUUAAUUAUAAUAGUAUUUGGAUAUUUUUUGCUUGGAUAAUAAUUUAAAAGUAUAAAUAUAAAUUAAAAAAAAAUCGAAUUGAAAAUAA